AUGGCUUCUCUAUCAGUUCCUACCAGGUUCUUCUUCUUCUUAUUAUUAUUAUUCUUUCAACUCUUACCGUUGUUCCAUUUCUCCUCCGGGAAAGGGAUACCCGAAAAAGAUCAACGCUUUCAAUACCACAAUGGCACCCUUCUCCAUGGAAAAACCUCCAUUAAUCUCAUCUGGUAUGGCAAGUUCAACACUAACCAGCGAGCCAUCAUCUCCGAUUUCGUCUCUUCUCUUUGCAAGUCGACGUUUUUUAAGGUUGGCCAGGCCCAACCGUCUGUGUCAAGCUGGUGGAAAGCCAUCGAAAAGUACUACCAAAUGGAAUCUAAGAAGAAGAAGAAAGAUGCGAUCGUUCUCCAGGAGGGCAAACAGAUCCUGGACGAGAAUUAUUCGAUGGGGAGGACUCUCUCCAUCCUGCAAAUCCUACAAUUGGCAGCCAGAGGAGAACAAAAGGAUGCCAUAAACGUAGUACUGACGUCGUCGGAUGUGACGGUGGAAGGCUUCUGCAGGAGCAGGUGCGGGAUUCAUGGUACCUCGGAAUCCAAGACAGCAGGGGAGCAUCACAACAAAUUCACAUACAUCUGGGUGGGCAACCCAGCCUCUCAGUGUCCCGGUGUAUGCGCGUGGCCGUUCCACCAGCCUGUGUAUGGACCAAAGGGUACGCCGUUGGUGCCUCCCAACAACGACGUCGGCAUGGACGGCGUGGUGAUCAACCUGGCCAGUCUCUUGGCCGCAACCGCCACGAAUCCCUUCGCCGACGGCUUUUUCCAGGGACCGGCGGAAGCACCUCUAGAGGCUGCCUCGGCUUGCCCAGGGGUGUUUGGCAAGGGGGCAUAUCCUGGUUACGCAGGAAAACUGUUGGUGGAUCCCAAAACUGGUGCUAGUUACAAUGCCUAUGGCAUAAAUGGAAAGAAGUACCUUCUCCCCGCUUUGUUUGAUCCUUCCACAAAUUCUUGCUGGACACUGGUUUAA